CCGCAAUGUCUUUCAUUCUUCAGUGCUGGUGAGAGAUGGAUGGCGGCAGCGAUGAUGACGAUGAUGUUUCGCAGCUCUCCGUCCACACUUUAGCGGCUUUGCAGGAGUUUUAUGCUGAGCAGGAGCAGCGGGAAUCUUUGAAGGUUGGACCUGAGUAUGACCAGUUCUCAGUCGGGGCAGUUGAAGAAGACUGGCAGUUAAGUCAGUUUUGGUACGACAAUGAAACUGCACUGUGUCUGGCCAAAGAAGCAUUGGAGGCCUCCGGUGAAAAUGGGAGGAUAGCCUGUGUGAGCGCUCCCAGCAUUUACCAGAAGCUUAAAGGACUGGCUGGAGAUGUGUCCAUCUGUUUACUGGAAUAUGAUAGGAGGUUCUCAGUCUAUGGCGAUGAUUUCAUCUUCUACGACUACAAUAAUCCAUUGGACCUACCAGACAGGCUGCAGCCGCGUAGUUGUGAUAUAGUAUUGGCAGAUCCACCAUUCCUGUCUGAAGAAUGUCUAAGUAAGACUGCGGAUACUAUCCGGUACCUGACUAAGGGGAAGAUCUUACUGUGCACCGGUGCUGUUAUGGAGGAUUUAGUGAUGAAAAUACUUGGCUUGAAGGUUUGUCAUUUUAUCCCAAAGCACACACGAUCACUAGCCAAUGAGUUCAGAUGUUAUUCCAACUAUGAGAUAGGACUGGACUCCUAGUGGAUGUGGCUGUAUAAAACCAGAAACAGCCUGAGGCCUAGACGGCAUUGAGACC